AUGACAUGGUGGCCAUCAUUGGCGCCGGUGCGGCGGGCAUGUCCGCUGGUGGAUCGAUUUUCAGACGAGAUACAAAAGUUCGGUCGCGUAUUGAAAUGGAUCAAGCGACUCAUGCCGUUCUUGGGUAUUCUGCCCGUAAAGGUCAUGUUAAAGCUAUUCCGGUUCAGCACUGAGUUUGGAAACAAAAUGGUGUUGCCAUUGCUGGCUCUUUUUCUGGGGACCGGUAACCAAACGCCGAAUGUGCCAAGCGCACUGUUGGAGCGACUCUUCGAUGACAAGAAUAUGAGACUGUGGGAUUACGAUCCCGAUACGCUGCUUCCUAAUCAACCCACCAUGUAUACAUUUCCAAACUUGAGUGACUUCUACCAUGACUGGGCUCGAAAUCUGAGCUCAAGGGGCGUCCAUAUCCGGCUCAAGACUGCUCCCGAGCUUAUAAGGCGAGAUAAGCAUGGCGUAACUCUACGACCACAUCCUGCGACUGACGAUGCGAAUGGUGAUCCGGAUGAGGCCGACCUACCGUGUGAAGAAUUCGACGAAAUGGUUAUUUGCUGCCCGGCCGACGAGGCCAAGAGCUUACUUGGACAACAUGCGACAUGGCGCGAGAAGUACGUGCUGGGUGGUGUCAAAUUCUUCAACGACAUUACCAUCACGCAUUCUGAUUCCGAAUACUUUAACCAUAUCUUCGAAGCAAGGUAUAGGGGCGAUCUAUGUGCGAAGGGUAAUAACCAGUCUCGGAGAGAUCAGAUUGCAUUCUCCCAAAAGACCACAAGAACACGGAAAGAUGGCUGGGAGGGCUUUGCGCCGAUGUACUAUAUCCAUUCCUACGAGUCCGAUCCAGACAAAAUCGAAAUGGGCUUCGAUUGUACGAACUACCAGCACCAGUUCCGCGAGGCCUUUGGUGAGAAUGCUAUUUCCCCAGAGUCCGACAGGCACGUUUAUCAGACAAUCUUCCUCAACGACAAGGAGAAACACCUUUGGACAUGGGAUGGCAUCGACAAGAGCAAGAUAAUCGACAAAAAAUGGUGGCAUCAAUUUGGGCAUCGCUGGCAACAUUAUCUACGCGUGGUACCGGGCAUGAUGUUUAUCAAUGGUAAAAACAGGACACUGUACGCUGGUGCUUGGACGAUGGUGGUGAGUUUCGCUUUGUCAACUUUUCUUCCACAUGCUAAGCACUACACAGAACAUGCACGAGAUCGCUUGUAUAUCAGGAAUUGCGGCGGCAUACCGGCUAGGUGCCGAUUAUGA